AUGACAGAAAAUCAUUCUCCAAAGUCUGCAAGCAAUGGUCCAGAGUCGAGGGUCUUCACCGAUUUACGGGUUCUCGAACCCAAUCUUCUUCCUAAUUUCUUACUCAGAUUCCCAAACUUAGUCUCAUUGGAAUCAUCAAGAGUGAUCACCAAUACCCACAUCAAAUUCAUAGCCAAAACUUGUCCCAACAUUGAAGUUCUCAAUCUUAACUACCAAAAAACAUAUGGUAUACCGGGUUGGGAUGAUGUUGAUGGUUCUGGAGAUGCCAAGUUGGGAAUUUCGGAGUCAAAUUUGACUACUUUGGAUUUGGCUGAUUGCAUUAGGAUUGCUGAUGAAGCCCGUAAAGCUAUCGGGAAUGCAAAUUCAUUGCAGGUUUUGAUUUUGCGAGGCUGUUGGUUAAUUACAAAUACGGGUUUGGCUUUGUUGGCCAGUGGGUCUCUGUCUAGAACUCUACAAGAAUUAGACAUUGCAGAGUGUAACCGAAUUUCAGAUGAUGGGGUAUUGCAUUUGAGGGAAAUGUGUUGUUUGGAGAAGUUGAAUUUGGCAAACUGUGGAUUGGAUGUGACUGACACCGGGGGUGUGGCUAUUGCUGCAAUUCAAACUCUCAAGGGAUUGACCUUUUCGUGGUUGAUUAACAUAUCGGAUGCUACACUCGUUGCUCUUGCUCAGAACUGCCCAAAUUUGGUGUCCAUUGAACUGAGGGGUUGUGAAUCAAUAACGGGUGAUGGCAUUUGUGCCUUUGCAAAUCAUAAGUCUUUGGAAUCACUUGUGUUGGCUUCUUGUUACAAGUUUAGCGGGGAGGAUUUGCAAGAGAUGGUGCGCGGAUGCCAGACCUUGAGGCGCAUUGUGCUGGACAAAAGACAGAGAAUGUGGAUCCCUGUGACAAUUCAAGAGAAUAUCAGCAAAUUUUGUAGGUUAGAGUGGUAG